AAACAUUUUUUCAAAGAACCUUUUGUAUUUCAAAUGUGAAACAUGGGUUCACGAAUCUCGAUCAAUACCCCAUGUCCAUGUUUUCCCCGGGAACGUAGUCAUAGGAAGAACUCAAGUUAUGGAGCUAAGUUUGAGCAACAACAAAGGCUACAAAGAAUUAUUCAAGAGUCAAACGAUCGAAAUAACGUAAUUGUCCGGCAAAUUGUCCAGCAAAAUCAGGAAUUUAGGCAAGAGAAGGAAAACAACCUCAAAGCAGUUGAGCAGAGCAAAGAAGAUGAACAUCAACGUAAUAUUGACAGAAUCUUAAAAGAAUCUAAAGAAAAAAACAAAGCUGCGCUGCUGCAAGUUUCUCAACAAAUUCAGGAAGAAAAUUCGAUACGACGCAGGAAAAACAUCGAGAAAAAAGCAGAGAUUGAGAAAUUGAAAAUACAAUCAAAAUUGGAUCACGAGAAAAAAGACCGAGAGCCGAACUAUACGAGAAAUAUCUGAAAAAGACUGAAAAUGUCAAGAACUUGCAAACCAAAUGAACCCGAAUCAGUGGAUAAUUUUUUCUGUAUUAUUAACACUUCUUUGUAUUUUAUCUCAUAACUUUCUAUUGUUACAAUGUACUGUUGAAGCGAAAAACAUUUUUAUGAGUGAUUUCAAUAAAAAAAAAAGAUUGCCAAAA